CUCACUCUCUCCUUCACCUGACCAACCUGGGCCAUCACAACAAAGAAGCGUCCGCCGCACACCCAGGCCCUUUUCAUCCUUCCGUCACGCUCGGAUUCUUGCGCGCCGAACCAGUCGCCGCCGCCCGCCCGCCCGCCAGCCAGCCAGCCAUGUCGUCGUCCAUGGCGUUCCGAGCCGCCGCGGGCCGCCUCCGCGCGGCCGUGCUGCGGCGCUACGCCCGCCCCAUCAUCGCUCCGGCAGCCUUCUCCCCUUCCCGCUCCGCUGCCACGACGACCACCGCCGGCGCCGAGCACCACAGGGCGGGCACCGGCACCGGCGGCGGCAAUAAUAACAAGCAGGUCCCGCCGCGCGGCGACUACGUGCCGGUGUACGUGGCGCUGGGGCUGAUCGCGCUGUCGGUGACGCUGGGCCUGCACACGGCGCGGCAGCAGCUGGCGCACGCGCCCAACGUGUGGGUGGACAAGAAGAAGCGGGAGGCGGUGCCCGAGGUGGCGGCGCCGGAGCUGGCGCUGGGCGACGCCGAGCGCUUCGUGGACCGGUCGCUCUUCCGCAAGGUCGCGCACGUGCAGGACGACCGCAGCCUCGCCGCCGGCGUCGCCGACCCCGUCGCCGAGUACCCGACGAAGAAGGCGGUGACGCUCAAGGACGUGGGCGUGGAGACGCCGGGGAUCGAGCAGAGCAGGGAGGGCGUCCUCGACAAGAUCUUCAAGAAGAAUCACGCUUAGUUAAUCAAGUGCAACGACGGGGUGGAUGCUCUGUCUGGAUUGCAUUGCUUCGAGUUCCUUCUUAGUUCUACUCACUUCACACUGCUUCCCCUUCCACUUAACAAGUGUGUAUGUAUUACACCGUACAUAAAGUAUGUACGAGUAUGGGGUUUGGGUCGAAUCAGCUGUAGUAUCUUUUUUUUAGACGAAUCAGCUGUACUACUUUUGAAAGGGCGAUGUGUGUACAUAGUCGAGAAACACUCUUGUUUAGUAAAGUUCAUCACGUAUGCAAAGUAA